GUUUCAAAGCUCUCAGAACCUUCAGUCUAUGGAUAUCACGAUCUCUUCUCUAACCGCUUCCACCAAUACGAAACGUAUCAUCGGCACGAGAAGCAUUCCCGCCCGCAACCUGGAACCUCUUGGGUGUUGAACUCUUCAUCCAUCGAGCAGGCAGCCGGACGAUGCUUGACGAAAACCUCCCGACCUUCUACACGAAGCCCUCCUCCUCCGAUAAUCCCCUCGCCAGCACUAUCUUCCUGGGCCAGAAUGGGUCGGAGCUUCAACCAGAAUACACUCUACGGCGCCCCGAUCCCAAUCUCGCAGCCUCGAAGAACUGCUAUGCGAUAGCGCUGUAUGAUUCCUACAACCCAGAGAUUUUAUACGCCGAGGUGUUAGUACGGCCGCAAUGGACACAACCGACACUCUCCCAGGCCGAGAUUCGAGCACAGAAUGGUAUACCACCACCACCGGUGCCGAUCGUUCCAAACAACUUCACGAUUCAGCUUUACAACCCCGACCAGCAGGUGACGGUCAGACAGAUUGCUAAGUCAUGGAACAGUUCGACACAUUGGGAGUUUGAAAUGCCCCAGAACAGUUUCCGCUUACCUUCAGCAUCAGCUCUCGACAGAAGUCAGAACGAUCCAGCAACUUCAGACCUCACGCCCAAGAUUACCUUCAAGUGGAAGAGAGAUGGGAAAUUAACAAAAGAUAUAUCAUGUUAUCUGGUUGGAAAGUCGACAGAUAGCAGAAAGACCAAGGAGCCUGACAUUACUGUUGCCAUGUAUAGGGGCGGCAAGGCUCUCACAAUAUAUGAACCGAAUAUGCACAGAGUGGAGGUUGAAGAUGUGAAGGGGUUGGAGGUUGUAUUUCUAUUAAGCGCCGCUGUCAUCAAGGAUAUCUUUUUCAACGCGAACCGAGAGACGUUCAACAUCAGCUCCCCAACGACUGUAGGUGCGAAUGCAAAGCGGAAGAAUAGUGGUCCUGUGAUAUCGACUGGGAGAGCAAGCGUACCGCCUCCGGUUAUGUCUGGGGCUGUGCUGUCCUCACCUGCAACGAACACCUCCCCGCAACUAUCUUCAAGACCUCAGCAGCAACAGAGCGCAGGGCCUUCGACAUCCAGUCCCCAAACCCAGUGGGAGAUAGACGCUGAGACUGCCCGGUUAAAAGCACUUGUGGAAGCCGAAGAGAAAGAGCGCGAGAGAGCCGAGAUCGAGGAGCAAAAGAGAAUCGAAAGAAUGCUCAAGGCAGAAGAAGAAGAACGCCGACGACGAGAAGCAGAAGUAGCCAAGGAGACGGAACGAUUGAGGAAACAAUAUGGAGUUACGGGCGGCCUAGAUACAACAACCCCGUCAAAUCAGUUCUCAUCAGCACCACCACCAAUGCCUCCUCGACCUCAAGAUCCUUGGUUAGCGCCACCAGCAGCAGGAUUUCCCCAAUACCAGAGCGCUCCCCAUUCGGUGCCCGAUCCUGUACAGAGGCCUUUAAGCACGCCUACAGGUCCCCGCCCCUCCCACGCCACAUCUCACAGACCACACGCCGGUUCCUCGCCAUAUUUACAAGCGCCAGGAAAUGGGACGGCUAGUUCGAGUGGGUUUUUUAGUCUGGCGGGGAAGAAACUCUCGAAGAAGAAGAGUGUGUUCUUUUAAAUGAUACCAGUAGGAAUAAAUGGGCGUUCAGGGAGUUUAGGACUUUGUGGCUUCGGUCCACAUGGCGAGAAGUUUAUGACUUAGUCAAUGAAUAUACGAAUGCUAUGAAACCUCGAA